UAUUACUGUUAUUUUAACGCGUAUACAAUGUGUGCAACUCAUAUAUUGUAACUGAAAAUUCUUCUUACUUUGUACAUCAUCAUUACGCUUACACUAUCCACCUGUAAAUAUCGAUCGAUUCACUAAAUUAUCCAGAAAACUAAGUAUUGGUUCUUAUCCGAUGGAAAUUCAGAUUACUAUACAUACAACUGUAUACAUAAAUAGCGCCUAAUACAAUUGAUUGACAGUCACUAGUCAAAUAUAUUGUCAAUCUGUACGAAAAAAAAUAAGAUUUAGUCAUUUCAAUGAGAUCGCAACGAAUUUCUAAACGAAAUACAUUUUUCGCAAACUGUGGAAACGUACCAAUGAAGUCGAUUUUGCAUAUAUCAUGGCUAUUGAUUUUAUUAUGGAAAUUAUCACAUUUUGAAAUUGAUGCCAAAAUUGCCAUUGAAGAAACAGGUACAGGUCAUUUUGUAGAUUCAAAAGGAUUUGUAAAAUUAUUUCAUGGUAUUAAUUGCGUGCACAAAGUGGAUCCAUAUUACUUUCCAAUAUUACUUGAACCAUCUUCAAUGAAACAACUAAGAGAUUGGGGAUUUAAUGCUAUCCGAUUAGAGCUUAGUUGGUUUGCAUUGAAACCAUCGGAAGAUGUGACUAAUCGGGCAUAUUUAAAUAUAAUUGAAAAAAUUAUUGAUAAUGCUGGAUUAUAUGGAAUUUAUGUUAUCAUUGACUUACAUCAAGAUGGAUUAUCUGAACGUUUGGGAGCAAUUGACGCAGCACCAAAUUGGUUUAUGGAUAAAAUAAGAAGACCACCGAAAGCAUUCGAAUAUCCUUGGCCAUUAACAAAAGCACCAAGUAAAGCCAAUUGGUUUCUCACAUAUGCUACAUAUGAAAGUGCACAUGCAUUUGAAAGUAUUUAUCAAAAUGUUUCAGGAUUAUGGAAAUAUUUUGGUGAAUAUUGGAUGCUGGCAGUAAAUCGAUUUGGAAAGAAAGAUAAUGUGUUAGGGUAUAAUUUAAUUAAUGAACCUGCACCAGGAAAUUAUUAUAUCAAUCCAUUUCUGCUUUUACCUU